CGCAGCCCGACGCCAGCCUCGGGGGCAGAGGGCCGGACUUGGGGCGGCGGGGGCGCGGCGUGGCGGUGCUAAAGCGGCGGCGCUGAAGCGGUGGCGGCGGGAGUGCGCGGCGGCCCUGGCCCUCGGCAUGGCUCGUCUGGUGCUGAGUCUGCUGAGCUGUACCUUCUUUCUAGAAGCAAAUGCUCUGUAUUCCUCUGGUGAUGAUGUAAUUGAAUUAACUCCAUCAAAUUUCAACCGAGAAGUGAUUCAAAGUGAUAGUUUGUGGCUUGUAGAAUUCUAUGCUCCAUGGUGUGGCCACUGCCAAAGGUUAGCACCAGAAUGGAAGAAAGCAGCAGCUGCUUUAAAAGAUGUUGUGAAAGUUGGUGCAGUUGAUGCCGAUAAACAUCAGUCGCUAGGAGGUCAAUAUGGUGUUCAGGGAUUUCCUACCAUUAAGAUUUUUGGGCCUAACAAAAACAAACCAGAAGAUUAUCAGGGUGGCAGAACUGCUGAAGCCAUCGUAGACGCUGCUCUUAGUGCUCUGCGCCAGCUGGUGAAGGAUCGCCUUGGGGGAAGGGCCGGCGGGUCUAGCUCUGGAAAACAAGGUAGAAGUGAAAGUUCAAGCAAGAAAGAUGUGAUUGAGCUGACAGACGACACCUUUGAUAAGAAUGUCCUUGACAGUGAAGAUGUUUGGAUGGUUGAAUUUUAUGCUCCUUGGUGUGGACACUGCAAAAACCUAGAGCCAGAGUGGGCCGCUGCGGCCACAGAGGUGAAAGAGCAAACAAAAGGCAAAGUGAAGCUCGCAGCCGUGGAUGCUACAGUCAACCAGGUGCUGGCCAGCCGAUACGGGAUUAGGGGAUUUCCUACAAUCAAGAUAUUUCAGAAAGGCGAGUCUCCAGUGGAUUAUGAUGGGGGGCGGACAAGAUCGGACAUCGUUUCACGGGCCCUCGAUCUGUUUUCUGACAGUGCGCCCCCUCCUGAGCUGCUUGAGAUCAUCAAUGAAGACAUUGCCAAGAAGACAUGUGAGGAACAUCAGCUCUGUGUUGUGGCUGUGCUGCCCCAUAUUCUUGAUACUGGAGCUACAGGCAGAAAUUCUUACUUGGAAGUUCUUCUGAAGUUGGCAGACAAAUACAAAAAGAAAAUGUGGGGGUGGCUGUGGACAGAAGCUGGAGCCCAGUCUGACCUGGAGAACGCUUUGGGGAUUGGCGGGUUUGGGUACCCAGCCAUGGCAGCCAUUAAUGCACGCAAAAUGAAAUUCGCUCUUCUGAAAGGAUCUUUCAGUGAGCAGGGCAUUAAUGAGUUUCUUAGGGAGCUUUCUUUCGGGCGUGGAUCUACAGCACCUGUAGGAGGUGGGGCUUUCCCUCCCAUCAGCACCACAGAGCCCUGGGACGGCAAGGAUGGCGAGCUUCCCGUGGAAGAUGACAUCGACCUCAGCGACGUGGAGCUGGACGACCUUGAGAAGGAUGAGCUCUGAGAGGCUCCGCGUGGAUCUCUGUUUUCUUUUCUUGGGAGCAGAUUUUCCCAGCAGUGAAGGAACAUUCUUUACAAUCAGAUGAAUCUACCAGUGGCCUUUCUCACCAACAAGUAGUACUUGAUCGGUCAUUUGAAAUCACUGCAACAGUGAGCUUCUGCAUCUCAAGAAAACAGUGAAAAAUUCUAUGAAUUGUAGCCAAGGAAUUGGGUUGUCUGUCGAGUAAUAUUUUGAAGAAAACUGAUGAGCUAUUGAAACAUUUUUUUCCCCUUCCUCUGACUGCUGCUUGAAUGUUCUUGGAGGCUGUUUCUUAAUGUAUAAGUUUUUUAAUGUGAUCCUUUUGUUUGAAUAUUAAUGGCUUUUUUCCAUUAAAGAAUAAAAUAUUUUGGACAAUGCUAA